AUGGCGAAAAUAUCUCUUAGGCUUGGGAUCCACAAAUGCGGUCUUGGGCUCGUUUCGCUGAAAAUUGCACAGGGUUUCUUUAUUACUGGACUUAUCCAGACCUUCCGCCGACAUCAAUCCAGAUUAGGGAUCAGACCUUCUCAGCUUCGACGGAAAACCUUGGCCAUACCCGCUGUCCGCCUGUGUAUCGACGAGCAAGGAUGGCAGCAUCUUCGUUUCGCUGCUCGGAAGGAUAAACUCGUUGACGACUCCAUCGUCAAAUUCAAACGUUUCCAUGUGUUGCAGCGAUUGGGACUAAAUAAAGCCUCGGUAUUGCUCAAUUCUAUAGACGAUGCAUUUCUCGUCUCUUUUCCAAAGCGAACGGUGAACAUUCACUUCAGGGAGAAAUGUCGCAUGAAGAUGAUUGUGGAAGAGAUGCCCUGGGUCGAGAGACUGGCUGGACCUGGUGACGAGCGCACGUUCGACUUCGUGGGUCUGAGGAUGGAAAAAACUGACCACUUGGAGCGUUGGCACGGUCUGCCAUUCCCGAUUCCCUCUCUUGGACCUAGCGAUACGGUUCCACCACAUCUUUGGGUUAUCCGUAUUUUUACAGACAAGGGCGAGCAUGAUUUUGGAUCGACUCAAAAUAACGCUCAUAAGAUAUCAUCUUCUGUUUUUAAUGAACGACGUCUUCGUUCCACACCACUCCGCAGCCAUCAUAGCAGCCAUCUCAGGGAUGUCGUGUUAUAUCAAAGAAAGGAGAGCACAUUUCCUAUUCAAAAAUUGAGUUAUGACGUCCGCCGUCACUUCGAGGAGACACUCAUUAUACCUUCCUUCGAGUACGGCGUGGGGAUUGAGUAA